UCACAAUGACAGAUAAUUUAUAUCUGACAGUUUUUAUACAAUUUUAUAUUACACCCCACUAAAUGAUGAAAAUUGGUGUUCUUUUUCUAUCUACCUUAGUAUUAUUCAACUAUGAUGCCCAAGCUAAGUCUCUUGUUGAAGGAAUGAUCCAAAAAAGGGAAGUUCAGCCAGAUGAAGGUGCCAGUCAAGAGCCUCUCUUCGAAAACUCUCGUUAUCCAGUAGGCUAUGGUGACAAAAAUAGCUACUCAAAAAUGGGACCAUUGUAUGAUAUCCCGAAUUUCAGGGCUGAAAUGAUAAAAAGGUCAUUGAGAGAACAUAAUCCUAGUCAAAGACAGACAGGCAUCAUUUACGGUGGUGGUAAACCAAUAGGUAUUUUGCAGCCGUAUCAAGAAUCUUUCAAGUUCAUGCCAAUCAAAGAAGAGCGUGUUUAUUCUCUAGAUGGAGGUAGAUCAAAUAUAGAUGAACAGGAACCUUACAUAAACUUGAUGUAUCCCCUAGCCAGAUUUACAAGAAGUGAAGAUGCAGUUAGAAUGGCCGAACUAGAAGCUGCAAAAGCAGAAUUCCUAGACAAACAUUAUCCUUCUAUGUUAGUGGACUUUAAAAUUCAUAAUAAACUACAUCCAACUGGUUACGGCGCACAACCUGUACUUACUUACAAUAUGAAGAGGGAAGAAAAUAACCCUACUAACAAUGAAAUGCGGAAGAAAAAGCGUGAGAGCCAAAGUUCGAGUUCUUCCAGCCAAACACGAGACAAUCAAUAUAUCGAGAAGAGAGAUAUUGACACUAAAAAACAAUCAGAAAAUAUUGUAACACCUUCUAAACAAGAAACUGAAGUGAAUAAAAUAACUUCAUCAAAUGAGAAAAGAGAGGCAGUUAGCGAAUACUCUACUGCCGAAAAAAAUAAAUUGAAGGUGAAAAGGCAAAGCAAAUUAACCGAUUCUGAGUUCCAAACUUUAAAGAAUAGUGUUUCAAAGAGAAAUUCAAAAGAAAAUAUUCAGGUUAUAGAAGAAGAUCUCAAAGGUCUUUUGAGUGAUAUGGGAUUAAUUGAAGAUGAUCUUGAAGAUAAUGCUGAAGAAAUGGAAGAGAGCAGAAGUUCAGUUGCUCAAGAUGAGAAUUCAAAAGGAGGAUUUGAUGCAACUAUCCAAAAAAACGAGGAACAAUCUCAAGUGACACAGAACAGAGAAUGCACAAUUUCACCCGAACGUAGAAAAAGGGCAGAUGAUAAUAGUGUUUUCACCCAGACAAGUAUUCCAAUGGUAGAAACAAGAAACACAGAUUCAAAGAAAAGAACAUUAAAUGACAACACUAACGAAAGGCUAUCACCAGAUUCUCAUGACAAUGAAAGGCGAUUCAUAGAAGUAAGUUUCACAAAUAAAGACAAUAAAGAUUCUAUCGCAGGUGGUGUUCUCGACAGAGAAAAUUGCCCUAAGCCGUCAGUAAUACCAAAUAAGAGAGAAGCACCGAAAGAGGGGUCCUUAGAACAAGAAAAAAGUGACCAAAUAGUAAAAAAUUCAGAAUCCAAAAGAUCGGAAGAGCCAACAGAAGUAACAACAGAAAAUUAUGAGCAAUAUGAACAGAGAGUUGCGCGUGAGAUUAAAAACAAGAUAAAACAACUGAAAGAGGAAGUUAAAAGAGAACUAGGAGCCUUGGAGGCGGAUAAAGAUGAAGAAGACGAUGAUGAGUCUUUCGGAGAAACUCAGAGGAAGAAGAGGUUUAUUGUGAAUACUUUAAUGGAUGAAGAAACGCACAACAUAGACCCUAAUGAAAAUCUAGAUAUUUCGGAGUUGGAACCACAUGUUAGACGACGACGAACUCUAUCAACUGAUAUAUCUUUUGGACCUCGAAGGUCUUCUUUGAAUACGUUUGAAAAUAAUAAUAAUCCAGAAAUGAAUAUGGCGAAUUUUGAUCCAAUGCCAAUUGCGCAAAAUAAAGCUGACUUUGAUGUAGAUGGUUAUUAUGGCGAAUUAGAUAGUCAAAGCCAAUCUUUCAAUAAUCCUGGAGCGUAUGGUAAAGACGACAUAACAAAAAAAGAUAUUCUUCACUCCAAAAUAAGAACUAGAAAAGAAAAUAAUUACAACCCCUAUAUGAAUGAAAAUGCUGGUCGAAGUUACCGUUGGGAUAAUCCGUCGAUGUUUAUGAAAACACCACGAAAUAUGUACGUCCCGGAGUAUCAGAGACGAAUGCCGAGUGAAUACGUUGGUCCCAAUUCUGUGAGAAACUCUAGGAAUGAUUUGAGUUCUGAAGGAAAUAGUUAUAACUCCGAUUAUGAUAAUGAUGUAUCGAAUUCUAAUUCCGAUGAAGAGGCAGAAGGGAAUAUGAACUCAAUGGUAGAUAUGACGAGAAAAUCAGCAGAAAGAAGAACCAAUAGCCAGCAAUUCAGCCCGAAUGAAGAACAUUCCCCUAAGAAGUUGCAAGGUUACAAUCAGAAAUAUUUUUAUUAUUAUGUCGGUGGAGACGAAAAUGAGAGAAAACAGAAUAUGGCGCCAUCUGUUACGAAUAGUCGUGCAGCUCCUGGGCUUAAUUACCAACAAUUGUCUGGGCAGUAUCCGAAUAGAAUUUAUAAUUCGAUGAAUCAAGGUCAAAAUAAACAAUACAUUCAAACUGGUAAUGAAAAUGGAUUUAUCGAUAAAAGAGCUUUCCAGAGGAGGGCAAAUAACAUGUUUAGCAGACGUCGAAAAAGAUAUGUUAAUCUAAUGAUACCUUCGAAAAACAAAGAAGACGCAAUAGUGACGAACGUUUUUCAUAGAAACGUUUCUUUACCUUGUUAUCCCAAAUUGAUUUUCGAUUCCCCAUCUGGUAAUCCUAAGUUCAUCUUGGAGAAAGAAGCAGUGCGAGAGGAAAUGGUCAAAAAAUCGCCCUCUCAUACGAGUCUGAAUGGAAAUGAAACUAGAAGUGUUCCUUGGUCACCGUUCAAGAAAAAAAAAAGCUCGCCUGUUACAGAAAAAGGUAAGAAUAUCUCUUUGAGCGACCAUGAGUUUUCUGGACGGAGGGCUGUACUACCUUGGGAUUCAUCAAUUGACUAUGAAAGUAGACUAUCUGACAAUGCUGAUAGGCUUGGAAUGAUUGGUAGGUUGCAAAAAAAAAAUAAAAAUUUGCAUGACUUGCCUCACAAAAAAUUAAUUGACGAACGUCAAGAAGCGUGGCGUAGAGGAUAUUCAAAUGUACUUCGUAACUCAAAUUACAAUGUUUAUGCCAUGUCGCAACUGCCUCAGCUUCCAAGUGAACACGUCCCAUUGACACAAAAGCUUAACUAUGGAAAUGAAAAAAAGAGUUAUGAGGAAAAAACUUUCAAUAGAAGAAAAAUGCUGUCAUGGUCAGAACAUAUAAACUUCCCGAAUAUUGAUAGAAGAAAAAUGAUAGUUUUCACAGAUAUUGAAGCAAAUUCGAAUGGAGGUGAUAAUACAAAGAACCCGAAGCAUAUAAACGAAUCGAAUGAUUAUUCAAGAGGUAGCGAAACAGAUGAAUAUGAAGAAAAUUAUUAUGUAGAUUCGAAAUCAACAACUACAACGAAAAGUAUCGAUACCAAUACAAUGUCUGGAGUCAACACGACAAUGAACAUGACCAAAAAUUCUUCCGAAAUUUCAAAUUCAAUGAAAAUUAAUAAUAAUAACUCCGUCAAUAAAAGUAAUAACGCAAAUAUUGAGCUGCAACCGAAUAUCCAAAGUAUUGUUGAUAUCCGAUCUAUCCAUGCGAAUAAUUUUACUCAUUUGAUAGCCAACAAAAAUAAUUUAGUAGUACAACAUGCGAACUUGCCAUCGGCUGAUUGGAAACGACGAAAAAGGAACAUUCCAUCUGAAUACCAGCAAAGUGUACGUAAAAAGCGAUCUUGGUUCUGGCCGACCUUAUCAUUUCUUCAUAAUACAGCUCCACAAAUAGACGAAGAUGAGGAGUUUAGGCGAAAUGAAUCUCCAGUCUUCGAAAGGCAAAGGAACGCUAAUGAUCAGAGUUCUUCCUCAUUCGAAGAUGAUGCAGAAGAAGAUGCUGAUUUCGAGGACUCAGCAAAUGAUCCGAUUGGUUACGAUAGAGAUAAAAGAGAUACAGAUUCAACAUCAGUAAUUUCUGGAAACAUAUCGCCAUUUUAUUGUCUUACUGAAGAUCAGCGCAGCAGUUACUCACCUAUUUCUAGAAAUAGGCGGUAUAUUCAAGGAGAGUUCAGAGAGCCUCAACAGCAACUUCUUACAGAAAUAUCAGAUGCUGAGCUUUUUGGCGCGCUGCCACAGGGUUAUGCAGGAGAAUUGGUAAGGUACAAGAGAGUGAAGCGUGCUGCUAGAGCAACUGAUAAGACUUAAUUGAUGAUUGAAUCUGAUAGUUAUAAAUUAAGUCGAAUGAGGCUUAAUUUAUAAUUUUUAUGAUAUGACCAAAACUAGUAUCCCAAUAAACAUAUUGCUGUAUCUUUAAGUAUAUUUCAUUAUUUCUUUUAUUUUUAUAAUUAUAUGAAUAAAAAUACAACCUUAUAUUGAAUAAAACAUGUGAAAAUUG